AUGAAGGCUUUGCAACUUCAUCUCACGAAAGAAGUCAACAAAUCAUACAACUGUGAAAAUUUAGGUCUCAGAGAAAUUCCUGACACUUUACCAAACACAACAGAAAUCUUAGAAUUUGGCUUUAAUUUCCUACCUGCAAUUGAAAAUACAACUUUCAGCAGACUCAUAAAUCUUGUCUUCUUGGAUUUAGCCAGGUGCCAAAUUAACUGGGUACAUGAAGAUACCUUUCAAAACCAUCUUCAACUGAACACUAUUGUGUUGACUGGAAAUCCCUUGAUAUUCAUGGCUGAUACAUCACUCAAUGGGCCCCAGGCCUUGAGACAUCUUUUCUUAAUUCAAACAGGAAUAACUGAUCUCGAGUUCAUCCCAGCGCAGAAUCUGAAAAACUUGGAAAGUCUGUAUCUCGGAAGCAACCAUAUCGCCUCCAUUAAGCUCCCCACAAACUUCCCAACACGGCACCUGAAAGUCCUCGAGUUUGAGAAUAACGCUAUCCACUACCUUUCUCGUGAGGACCUGGGGGCUCUGGCACAGGUCAGAAACCUCAGCCUAGAUUUCAGCGGCAAUGACAUCACGGGCAUUGAACCUGGGGCUUUCCGCUCAAACACCUUCCAAAGUUUGAAAUUUGGAGGGGCACUCAAUCUGUCUGUUAUAUUAAAUGGUCUGCUGAACUCUACCGUUCAGUCUCUCUGGUUGGGGACGUUUGAGGACAUCGAUGAUCAGGACAUUACUCCAGACAUGCUGGAGGGACUCUGUGGAAUGUCCGUGCACAGCCUCAGCCUGCAGAAGCACUCUUUCUCCAAUGUGUCACCCGCCAUGUUCCGCUGCUUCCGGGGAGUCCAGGAAUUGGAUCUCACACAUACUUACCUGAGAGAGCUCCCCGCUGGGAUUGAGGGUAUGACCUCACUCAAAAAAUUAGUUCUCAAUGCAAACCGUUUUCCUGAAUUGUGUCAAAUCAGGGCUUCCAGUUUCCCUUCCCUCACAGACCUCUCUGUCAAAGGCAAUCUUGAGAAACUCGACCUCGGGGUUGGCUGUUUGAAAACACUGGAGCAUCUUGAAAAACUGGAUUUAAGCCACAGUUUGGUUGAGGCCCAGGAGUGCUGCAUUCUGCAAUUCAAAACCUUACCCAACUUGCAGUUCCUCAACCUGAGCUACAACCAGGCCCUUGGGCUUCAGCAUCAGGCAUUUGAAGAAUGUCCAAGACUCCAAAGCCUGGAUUUGGCCUUCACCAAACUGCACGCUGAAGCUUCACAGAGUCCUUUUCAAAACCUCCACUACUUGCGGGUUCUGAAUCUCUCUCACUGUCUCCUGGACACCAACAAUCAGAACCUUCUUGCAGGCAUCGCGAAUCUCCAGUACAUCAACUUAGAGGGCAAUCAAUUUCCAGAUGGGAACCUCCCCCAAACCAACCUACUUCAGACCUUGGGCUCCUUGAAGACUCUGGUCUUAGCUUCCUGUGAUCUCUUCUCCAUAGACCAACAAGCAUUCCACCCCCUUGAAAAACUGGGCCAUGUGGACCUAAGCCACAACAGCCUGACGGGCAGCAGCAUCAGUGCCUUUGGCCACUUACAGGGGCUCUACCUCAAUCUGGAGUCCAACAACAUGGACAUCCUCCCGGAGCAGGUCCUCCCCAUCCUGUCCCAGCAGAGCACCAUCAACCUAAGUCACAACCCCCUGGACUGCACAUGCGCCAAUAUUCAUUUCAUCACGUGGUACAAAGAAAACCUGAGAAAACUUGAGGGGUUAGAGGAGACCAAGUGUGCAAACCCCCCCGCUCAGAGGGGCCAGAAGCUCUCUGAGGUCGAACUGUCCUGUGGGAUGACGAAAGUGGGCGUCAUUUUUCUCAUCUUGCUUGUCCUCUUGCUCAUCGUGGUGGUCAGCUUUUCCUUUAAACAUAUUCUCAGGUGGAGAUACCAGCACAUUUAGUGCUGAGGGUUGUUGGGGAUGGCCAA